UAUUACUACCGGGUCAAAGUGAUUGUUUUGGUCAUGUGAUAUGCAACGUCUGUUAUGGUGUCUUUGACAGAGGUCCUGAGCCUGCUGCUGGUGGCUCUGCUUUGGGGAGCUACUAACCCUUUCCUGAAGAAAGGAGCAGAGGGGAUAGAGGAUGUCAGAGGGGGCAGAAUGGUCUUUCAGCUUAUAGCUGAGGUCAAGUUCCUCUUCAUCAACAUCAGGUACCUUGUGCCCUUCCUGCUGAACCAGAGUGGCUCCCUUGUAUACUACCUCACUCUUGCCACCACAGACCUGUCCCUGGCUGUGCCUGUGACGAAUUCCCUCACCUUCCUCUUUACGCUGCUAGCAGGGAAGCUCCUGGGAGAGGAGGUCGGUGGGAAAGGAGCUCUGCUGGGGAUGUUCCUGACCAUGCUGGGGGUCACGCUGUGUGUCACCAGCUCCAUCAGGGAGAGCAACACUGCAGGAUAGAACUGAACCUCGACACAGAAGCCUGUGUGCGAGGGUCCUUCUACACCACUGACUGGAAUGAAGCCUCUGUAAUCUUCACAGAGCUCAGCCUGGGACAGGAAACUGCUUAUACUGGAGUUCAGUGAAUUUAGCCAGAAAAUGAGUCUCUCACCCACAGUUUAAAAAAAAAAAAAGCUUGUUAGUUCAAAUAUACAGCUGACCUCAUGUGAAUUUCCAGAGUGUAGCCAUAAGUAGGGAAAGACCUUCAUGUGCACCUACAUGGUGUGCAGAGAAUAGGCCCUUUACAGGUCAGCUCUGUGAUUAUGGUUCAUUUAGCUGUUGUGGGGUUCACUGAAUAUUGCAAGCUCUUAAAUGGAUCCCUUUGUCUUAACCUCAGAUGGAACUUCAAUUCCGUGUUUACAGUAAAUCCUUCCAAAUGUGUGAAAUUAUUCAGUUUUCUUUUUAUUAUUCCAAGUAAAAUAAGAAAACAUGGCUACAAGUUAUUAAAAAUCCCAUUUUUUAUGUGAAAGGAUUUUUAGCUGUACAUUUCUUAGAUGUGUUAAUGAAUGUAAUCUUAAUUAAGUAGUUAAUAAAUGUACUCGAAUGAUUGUCA